AUGGCGGACAUCAUAAAGGAAGUAAAUUGGUGUUUUCUUGUGCAAUUCGCACUCUUAUUAAACGUCGUCGUAAACGUAUUACAAAUCAAUGCAGAAGAUAUCAAUCGUUCUUGCAACAAGCUGGGAGCUUCAUGUAUUGACUGUGACYUCGACGAAUCUUGCGAAUAUGGCAAAGAUGUUCAAGUACAAUGCAAAGCCUUAGAAAAUUGUUUAUGUGAGGGACAGAAAAAUUUUACAAGGACAAUGAAUUGUAGAUAUUGUUACCAAGUACCCAAGGAGAAUUACAAGUGCUUGUACAAGACUAACUGCAAGGUGAUAUCAGGAACUAGUCCUCCUCCAAGGUAUAAAACAAACUGUACAGUUGAUGAAGACAUCAUAUGUCUUGGUAAUAGAACAUUUCAUAAGUUUUUACCAUGUAACUGGACAUCUGGCUAUCGGUGGUCUACUGCAGUGUUAUUGAGCCUAACACUUGGUGGAUUUGGAGUGGAUCGUUUCUAUCUUGGCCAUUGGAAAGAAGGACUUGGGAAACUUUUCAGUUUUGGUGGGCUUGGGGUAUGGACUCUAGUAGAUCUUGUCUUGGUUGCCAUUGGUUACAUUGGACCUGCUGAUGGUUCACUGUACAUUUUCUAAUAUUUUGUGUAAAUUUCUCACUCUGUAAAUAAAAUACUGUAAUAAUAUUGUAAAAAUAUUAAAUAUAAUCAAGAUAUAGUUCAAAAACGUACUAUUU